GUAAACUAACAUUCCAUUCAUUUACUUCGCUUCCUUCCCAAACAAUAUAAUCUUCAACCACCAGAGAAAACUAUUGGGAAUAGAGUGUGUGUAUGUGUGUUUUUUCUGCAUUCAUGCAAAAAGAAUCCAUGAAAAUGGGUACUCCUCAGAACUCCAAUGAGUCUGAACCAGAAAUUAUUAUCCCACCAUUUCCAUCAGAAUCCAAGGAAGUUCAUAGCCCAGAGAAGCCAUUUUCUAUUGAAGAAAAAAAGAGCAAAUCUGAAGAAGAAAACCAAUUCAAUGAAACAGAAACACCACCCCAAGAUUCUUCACUAAGCAUGCAAAUGAAAUUGAAAGAUACAUAUACUGAGCCUGUGGUAGAAGACAGUGGACGUGAGAGACUAAAGAGACAUCGGGUCGAGGUGGCGGGUAGUGUUCGGAUCCCGGAUAUAUGGGGACAGGAAGAUUUGCUCAAGGAUUGGACUGAUUGCACUGCGUUUGAUGCCUCAUUGAUGAAUAACAAUAUCAUGCCUGCUCGAGCUUCUUUGGUUGAAGAAGGAAGAAGAACAAUUCCAGCAGAUUGAGAAUAGGGAAGAUGGACAGGAAAGGUACGAUGAAUAGACAUGAUUGAACAAGACAAAAGAAAAUCGUCUCUUAUCCUUAAUCACUUCAAGUUAGGAUAACCUUAAUGAAUUGUGUUUGUAACACAAUGCAAAAGUUUUUAUAGCAUUAUUAGCGAAGAUACAUCCAUAGAUAAAUAAGUAGGAUGAAGUGUAUUGUUAUAUCUAAACUCAAUAUCUUAUUGAGAAAUUGUACAUUUAAUUUCCAGUUCUUGGGGUAUCAACUUAUAAUAAUUCCAUG